AUGAACGAAUCAGAUUUAGUUGCUUAAAGAUUGCUAAUAUUCUUGGAAUAAUCUAAAGAAGAAUUCCUGCAACACUCAGUGCCAGCCAAUCUAAUUCAUUAAUAAACCAGUCUUUCUGAUUUAAUUAUUAAGGAAAAAGAACUUGAGUUGAAAUUUUCCAAGAGUUAAAUAGAGCACUUAAAAAUCUAAUCUGAGGAAGCCAUUAAUGACUAGAAAGAAAAAUAUUAGUAAGAAGCUGAAGAAAUAAAAAGAUAAAUGGUGGAAAAAUUGGAAAAAUCUCUUAAUACAAUUGAAAAUCUUAUUAAAGAUAAAUCAGUUUUGCAAGGUAAAGUUGAAGACUAACAUAGCAAGAUCAAAACACUUCAGUAAACAAAUGAAAAAAUAAAACUAGAAAUGCAAGAAACAUACUUUAGGGAUCUUAAGAAAGAAAAGGAGCAAUGGUAAGUUCAGGAAAAAAUAAGGAAAGAAAAAUGGGAACAAGAAAAAAGGUAGGAGAUAAAAUAGGGGACUUUUUAGUAAUUAUAGCCUACUAUUUAGAGUAUAUUGGAUAAGAAUAAGGAAGAUAUGAGAAAUUUAUAGGAAUAGCAAUAAGAAGAAUUAAAACAGUAAAGAGAUAUCAUUUGCUCCGAAUAUGAGAAAAAAAUAGAGCAACUUCGUUUGAAAUACAUUGAGGAAAAAGAGGAAUCUCUAUUGAAAUUGAGAUAGCGUCAAUAAGAGUAGCUUCAAGCCUAAUUUGAAUAAUUCUAGUAUCAAUUUGAAGAAGAAAGAAAAAGACUCAGGGAAUCAUAGUUCAUAGGAUUAUUAAAUAAUAGAGAAGAAGAAUUCAAAUAAUUAUAAAUAGGCCUUGAAAUAUAGAAAUCUAAGUGGAGUGAAGAAAAAUUAAGUCUAUUGAGGGGCUUUAAAGAGAGAGAAUCGGGAUAUUUGAAAAAUAUAUAGGAGCUAAAAGAUUAGUUAUCAUAAAUAAAGUUGUUGCACACAAAAAAUGUUCUCUAAUUUGAGUUAUCUAUUAUUGAAGAAUAGAUUUUCAUAGACAAGGAUUAUGAUAUUUAAGUAAUUCAAGAAGAUAAGAAAGAGAUCCAAAAACUAAGAUUGUAAGUCAGUCUUCAGAAGUAACAGCUUUUAAAAUCAGAGUAAGAUAUAGAAUCGCUAUUUGUAAAGAUUAAGAGACUGGAAUAGAUUGUUUCAGAUAAGGACAGCAUAAUUCAAGAAUAAGAUAUGGAGUCUAAGGUUAAGCUUUAUCAGUUAAGUGAGCUUUUUAAAAAAUAGAACUUGAUGAAUUAGGAUAUUGAAUUAAAGCUAAGAUAGGAGUUAGUAUAAACUAAGAAAACUAAAGAUAAAAAGAUCAAAUCUACACCCAAAUAAAAAUGA